AUGGGCGACAAGCUGUGCCGUAAGGAGGCAAGACUGACGAGACGCAAUUUUUACAGCCUGCUGGAUGCUAAGACAAGACUCUCAGAUAGAGUUGUCCGUAGCGACGUGUCACCUAGGCGAUCUAAGAAAAGACUAUUGUCGGAAGAUUUGAUCUCUGAAUUGAUGUGUACCCAUGGCUGCUGCUCGGCCAGCUCGCCGAUAUCCAGUGCUCGACCAAAGUCGACUGGCGUCCUAGGAGACGAUUGCACUGUGGAAACACGUAGUAGUCACGACAUGCGAGCUCUCAGGAGCCCCACUUGCCCGUGUGCAGGGCAUGUCGGCAAAUCUCGUCGUCGGGGCAGCUCCUUGGUCUCUAGAAAGUCUCGGCGGUUAUCGGGAUCGGCUUCUCAGCGGCUAAAGGCCGGCGUGCCUCACUUCAUAAAUGAAAACCCCGCAGAUUCAAAAAUUGAGAUCCGUGUGCCCAGGCAAGAAGAGAAAUCGCAAUUAGCUCAAGGCUUUGCGAUAAGUUCAUCUCGAAGACCGGCUUCUCAGCAGCUAAAGGCCGGCGUGCCUCACGGUAUAAAUGACCCCGCAGAUCCAAAAAUCAAGAUCAGUGCGCGGGAAGGCUUUGCGACACGUCCAGAUUUGCAAAGAUCACAUUCAACACCCGUUGCUGUGCGCAGUCAAAAUGCCGUUGAAAUCAAGAAUCCUUCCCAGACCAUGCAAAAUCAAGCGCAGGCGCAGAAGUCAUGGUACACGAAAAAUGACGAAAUAAUGAAUCAAAAUGUGAAGAUGGGAGAGGCAGUCACUCAGGAAGCAAAACCUCAUGGAAUGUUUCGGCAGCUGGAGACGCACACCAUCACCGAGGAGCAACUGAUUAACGAAGUGCGGGGGAUUUAUACCGGCGUUGUCAAUGUGGAAAAGAAGUGCAUCGAAACCGAUAGACAACAGGCACAAUCGAAGGCCAAGCUAUCACAGGGACAGUGGCAGACACUCGUCUCGCUACACCGAACACUACUCUACGAACAUCAUGACUUUUUCCUCGCCUCCCGGCACCCGUCUGCUGGUCCUGUUCUUAAAGAGCUAGCUGAGAAGUACGCGAUGCCGGCGCGCAUGUGGCGCUAUGGCGUGCAUUCAUUCCUAGAGCUGUUACGCCAGAAACUCCCCGAUUCGAUGGAGUAUAUGCUCGACUUCAUUUAUCUCUCAUACUCGAUGAUAACGCUGCUCCUUGAAAGUGUGCCAGACUUUAGAAAAACCUGGGUCGAGUGCUUGGGUGACUUGGCACGGUACCGCAUGGCGGUGGAAGAAUUCGACAAGAAGGACCGUGAACUCUGGGCAGGGGUGUCGAGGUAUUGGUAUAACCAGGACGCAGACGGAAGUCCGGAAAAUGGCCGUAUUCAGCACCAUCUUGCUAUUCUAGCUCGCCCGGACAUUCUGCAGCAGUUUUUUCACUACACGAAAGCAUUGAUCAGCGUGCGCGCCUUCCCAAAUGCUCUCGAUAGCAUGAUUCAGCUGGUCACUCCUCUUAUGAAUAUGCCAGCUCAAAAAGGGGAUUUGAUUACCUCGUUCGUGACUACUCACGGUACGCUUUUCAUGCAAGCUCCGGUUGAGGAAUUCGUUUCUCGGGAGAAGGGUUUUCUUACUAUUCUACGCAAGGAAAUUAACCGGGUGCGCGGGCAGAAAGGUGUCCUACUCACGUCUUGCAAUAUCUGCGCAAUACUUCAAUAUGGGAGUAAAAAUGGAAUGAUGGAAAAAGAUUUCACAUUGAAGUCGCGCAAUCCUACGGCAGAAGAACGCCUAACAGCAAUGAAGUGGGCAUCGGGUGCGAACAUACCCGUUCCCGACACAUAUAGCGACCUAUCGUCUCAGCUUGCAUUCCGGGCGAGCUCUCUCGCAUUUCACACGUUAAUUGUGAUGCUCGGGCAAGUCGGUGAUCCCAACAUGUACCCGAGUGUACAUAUCUCUAUGGCAUUUGUGUGGUCUCUUACACUCAACCCAGCUGCUAUACAACGGCUAGAACCGCUAGUUCCGUGGUCCCUGCUUGCAAAUUAUCUAAACACCUUAUUCGGCUCUGACACGAUCAUUUCGAAGAUCGAAGACGAAUCAUUCCCGCUUCUUGACGAUUCAACUACACACCAGCUACCAGAGGACUUUUUGAUCAGAGGACAGGCAUGGAGCCGGCUUUACUACCCAGAAGGGUUCUUCGAUGGGGCUCUUACAGAAGAUAACAGACCAUCAACAGAAGAACCUUCAACAGUCAUUCCCAGAAAACACCGAUGUCUUUGGCUUGGAGUGCGGAUCGCAACUUUCACCCGCUGGAUGACAUACGAUCAGACGCGACGGUUCACACCCACCCGAUUAGCAGAGGAAUUUGCGUCAAUGGCAGAAUCACCGGCUUACGUCUACGGCAAUCCUAAUACACUAGGUAUUGAGCUACCUUCUUCCAAUCAAGAAAUGCAGGAUGUUUGA